AAUUCCAAGUCGCUGGAACACCCCAGCUGUCAACUUCGGCCGUAUUUCAAAACGUCCAAACUUCUAUGGCCUAACCAUUGUCGGAGUCCUACAGCUCUCUCAUGUCUCCGAUCUCCGUCGGAGGUUCCGCCGGAGUUGGCUCCUUCUUGACGGAGAACGGCGUCCCUUCCGUCGACGACGCAACAACGGAAGUCGGAGAGAAUGAAUGCCAGAUCUGUGGAGAUGUCGGCAAUCUUCCCUCGGCGCUGCCUUGCGCUUGCUUAUGUUCGAUUAAAAAGCUUGGGGUUACGGAGGAUGACUGCAGGUGGUUGCGGAGGUGUCUCGAGGCUGCCGGGAAGGGUUUUGCUAUCGGCGCGGGGAUCAAGGGCGGUCUUGCACUUUUCUCUAUCCUUGCUCGGCUGAGGAGUCGUGGAUCGAAAAGCGUCUAUGCGAGAAAGGUGGGGGCGGUCACAAAUGCGGAGGCAAUGGUGAGCGCAGUGAAGGAGACGUUAAGAUAUGGCUUGUUUUUGGGGACCUUUGCUGGAACUUUUGUUUCUGUGGAUGAAUUGAUUGCUGCUAUUUGGGGGCACAGAAGAACUGCAGGAUGGAGAGCAUUGCUUGCAGGUGCUGUGGCCGGUCCUUCAAUGCUCCUAACGGGACUGGAAACACAACAUACCAGCUUGGCUGUUUAUAUACUGAUUCGUGCUACUGUUUUGGCAUCUCGUUGCGGGAUAAAGAGCCAACGCUUUGGAAAUGUCUGUAAACCCUUGACUUGGUCACAUGGUGAUAUAUUCCUUAUGUGUCUCUCCUCAACCCAAAUCCUGUCUGCUUACAUUUUGAACCAAGAAAGCCUCCCACCAUCAUAUAAAGCAUUUCUUAAUAAGCAUGGUGGAAAAGCUGCUCCUAUUCUACAGGGUGUUAAAGAACUUGCAACCAACGCACAAUUUAUGAACUUGGAUAAACACUACAAAUCUAUGGGUUCUAAUCUAAAACUAGACCCAAACAUGAAAGUGCCUUGCUCAAUUGUUCAUGGCGAUCAAUCCUGCACUAGCCAUUUUGUAUCUUUUCUUAUUGAAGAAUAUGGAAGGGCGUUGCCUGUCUAUCUUCCAGUAUACUUAAUUCCAGCAUUAAUUGUUCACCGAAAGGGCCUUGUGAAAAGGCCCUACACCAUUCUCGCAAGGAGCCUUAUUGGCACUGCGAAAUCAAGCUUGUUUCUCUCUGUAUACUGUACAUCAGCCUGGGGUUGGACUUGCUUGCUCUUCAGAACUUUUGACAGAUGCAACAUUCCAUUGGUUGCAGCAGGAACUUUUUUGACUGGUUUGGCACUGGCGAUUGAGAAGAAGAGCCGGAGAAUAGAGAUAUCACUGUACUGCUUUGCGCGAGCCAUCGAGAGCUUCUUCAGCUGUGCGGCAGAGGCCGGCCUUCUUCCCCAAGCUUCCAGAUUGAAGAGAGCUGAUGUGGUUGUCUUCAGCUUGGCGACGGCCAUCAUAAUGCAUUGCUAUGCUCAGGAGAGAGAAGUGUUUAGAUCCAAGUACCUCAAUGUGCUUGAUUGGGUGUUUGGAGUGCCUCCCCCUUCCGAACAAGGCCUAAAUGAGUGCAAUGCCCAUUGAUUAUUCUUCUUGCCAGGUAAUUCGAGUUUACAAAAUUGUUACAUUUUUUACAGAGCUACGAACCUCUUAAUUGUAAGUAGAACUUAGAGAGUUAGUCUUUCUAAUGAUGUCUCUGUCAAAAUUAGGUGUUAUUGAGUAUAUUGAUUGGGAGCAAUGAUUAAUACAUCAUUUAUUUCAUUCAAAUCAUAAUUUUAAAGACCGCAGAAUACCAAAUAAGGGUCCAAUGUACUUGCUUUAAACAAAUUGUACAACUAUUG